AUUGGGUGUUGAUGCAAAAGGAACCAACUGCUCUGUUUCUCUCUCUAAACGCGUUCCGUUCCACGUUUCUCUCUCAUCACCCCUCCCAUCUUCUUCACCACUUAAACCCUUCACUAACUCCACUCAUUAAUCUUCUCAACCCUUCUUUUACAAACCUUUGUUUAGAGAGAGAGACAUCGAUAGAUAUAUAUAUAUAUAUAUAUAGAGAGAGAGAGAGAGAGAAAAAAAAGAAGAAGGUAAAACAUGCCGGUGGAUGAUUUGGAGAGCAGGGGAGCGAAAAACAGAGGGCACAAUGACCCAUCCUCGCACGCGGUCGAGGAAAGAGAGACCCAAUGGGUUCCUUGGUUGAUUCCUGUGUUUGUGGUGGCCAACGUUUCUAUGUUUCUUCUUGUCAUGUACGUCAACAAUUGUCCCAAAAAGAACCUGGGCACCGAAGGCAAGUGUGUGGCAAGGUUUCUGGGAAGAUUUUCGUUUCAACCCUUGAAAGACAAUCCUCUUUUUGGUCCUUCUUCGUCGACAUUACAGAAGUUGGGAGCUCUUGAGUGGACCAAAGUGGUGGAUAAACAUCAAGGAUGGAGGCUUAUCAGUUGUAUCUGGCUACAUGCUGGUGUUAUUCAUCUGGUUGCAAACAUGUUGAGCCUUGUUUUCAUUGGCAUUCGCCUUGAACAGCAGUUUGGCUUUGCGCGUAUUGGAAUUAUCUACUUGUUAUCCGGAUUUGGUGGGAGCAUACUUUCCUCCCUAUUUAUUCAAAAGAGCAUCUCAGUUGGUGCUUCCGGUGCUCUUUUUGGACUUCUUGGAGCAAUGCUUUCAGAACUUAUCACGAAUUGGACAAUCUAUACCAACAAGGCUGCAGCACUGUUAACACUUCUGGUCAUUGUUGUCAUUAACCUAGCUGUUGGAAUUCUGCCACAUGUUGAUAAUUUUGCCCACAUUGGUGGAUUCUUGACUGGGUUUCUCCUUGGUUUUGUUUUGAUGGCCCGUCCCCAGUAUGGGUGGAUAGAGCAUCGGAAUCUUCCAGCUGAUUCUCAGAGUAAAAAAAAAUACAAGACUUACCAGUAUGUGUUGUGGUUGGUUUCUCUGAUUCUGCUGAUUGCAGGGUUUGCGGUAGGAUUAGUGAUGCUGUUUCGAGGAGAGAAUGCAAAUGAUCAUUGCCACUGGUGUCACUACCUGAGCUGUGUUCGGACGUCAAAAUGGAAGUGUGAUGGAACUUGACACUUUUAAGAUGGGCAUGUCUUUAUAAGCUUACUUAUUUUUGCACAGAUAAAUGCUUAGGGCCUGUUUGGCAUUCGAUAUGUUUUAGGCGUUAUGUUUUUGAUCAAUUUUAAAACAACUGUUUUGUUAUAGGAGUGUUUUGGGUAGAACCAAAUUUGAAGACCAAUAUAAAACAAACAAUAUCAUAACACAUUCCAAAUAAACCCUUAGCUUAGAAACAGUUUGGUUUCUUCACUUUGUGAUUUGUUCUUCGGGAGUUCUCAGUGUUUGUGUAAUUUAUUUUUAAAUUUGAUAUUUUGUACAUAUCAAAUAGAAAGGCAUUCUGCUGAUCAA